AUGACUUGUCGAGUUUGUGGAGCUGAAAAUGGCGAACCUCACUUUGGAGGAAUUUCUUGCAAAGCAUGUGCCGCAUUCUUUCGACGAUUUGUCUUAUCGAGAAAGUUGAAAAUAGUGUGUACUUGCAAGGAAAAGAACCACAAAUCAUACCCUUGUAGACAAUGUCGAAUGCUGAAAUGCAUGGCGAUUGGAAUGACUAGAAUUAAAGUUCAACCAAUGAGAGAGAAAAAUGUAAUAAAAGUUCCUACACCAAAAUUCAUGUCGACACUCUCAUUGCUAUCGUGCAAUAUAAUUCCGAGAUCAUGUUUUAAUAUAACAAAAACUGUGGAAAGUUGGCCAGAGAUUGAUAAAAAACGGAAAGAUUUAUAUGGAGAGAACACCUAUGAGCUGAACUUUUCUGAGUUGUCAAAUUUGGCUAAAACGGACACGAAUCUUCUUUGGAAUCUCGGAGAAAUGAUAUUUCCUGAAGUGAAAAUUUUGAACGCAGACGAAAAGGAAGCCAUAAUAUGUAAUUUCUUCCCAAGAUGGAUUAUCAUGGAGUGUGCUAUUGACUAUUCCACAAAUUAUGAUUAUCAUUCCCAAUUAUUAAAAGGAGAUGGCUUGGAUCGUAUGUUAGUGAAGUUCUACGGUUCAUCAAUGCCAGAUGAAAAGCGUAUGUCAGAUGAAGAUAUACUGAAAACUUUCAAACAAUAUUGGAUUCAUCUUUACCUGGUCAUUUGCGAACCAUUUUUUCAAAAGAAGUAUGACAAAGUGGAGUGCAUCGCUUUGUUUCUUCUGAUUCUAUUUGAUGAUGCCUACACCAAUAUCAGUGAAAAAAGUGCUCAAUUAUGUAGGAACUUACGGAAAGUUGUUUUACGGGAACUGAAAGGAUACCACACAGACAAUGAUUUCACUGAGAUGAGGUUUCUGAAUGUUAUAUCAACGCUUACGUCUCUGGAAAGAGGAGAACAAGAUCUUCAAGAAGAAGUUCUGAUUUGCGGGUUGAACAAUGUUUCGUUGCACGAGGAUUUCAAAGCAAUAGUACAAAUGAAGAAAUUGUGA